UUUGAGGAUACAAGCAAGCAUGGCUGAGGCACCCAAAACCGACAAUGCAAAAACGUCUGACGUGUACAAGACUUUGACCAAACUUCCUGAAAGGUUUAAUGAUCCCUCGGUUCUAAAAGGUUACGAAGAGAAGCCUCUUCAUCCUGUCUACCGUACUUCUAGCAGCACCUACGGAGGAACAGCUCCCUCAAUCCACACCAUGCCUAACCAGUUCCACGGCCGAGGUAACAAGUUUACAUCGCACAUGGCUGCUGCGGGCAACUACGAGUACCAUGGGCUUAACACUGCCCUGGACAAAUCUCCUGUGUAAAUUACAUAGUGAUGUGUUGAAGUGUUCACAGGAUACAAGUGUUGUGUGUACGUUAGUACUUUAAGUGCAUAGUUUGUUCGAACUGUUAAUUAAUACGGUAAUACUUUCUUUCGGCUUAAAAUAUUUAUUCAGUUGAUUUCAAGUUUGGUCAGAUCAGAUAUUUUUAUUAAAUCAGUUUAUCACAUUGUAAAGUGUAUAAAGAUAUUUACAGAUGUACAUAUGCUUAUCAUAUAUACUUAUUUAAGUUUAAUCAUUCAUUAAUUUAUCAAACCCUUAUUA